GAGGGGGAGUGCGCGAGAGAAAAGUUUGGUCACGGCAGGGAAUGUGUGAUCAAAGCUGAGCCCAGGCUUCCUGUUACACCGGGACUAUAUAUAUAUCGUGUCUUUAAUGUUGGGAAUGUGAGCAGCUGCUGGAGCCUGGCGCUGGCUCUGCCUGAUUCCCAGCGCGCUGAGGUUUCUUCCACCGACCACAAUGAACAAGUUCCUGUGCUGCACGCUUGUGCUCUUGGACAUUUCUGUCAAAUGGACCUUCCAGGAUGAUUCUCCCCCCAAGUACCUCCAUUACGACCCAGAGACAUCUCGGCAGCUGCUGUGUGACCAGUGUCCUCCGGGGAGCUACGUGAAGCGGCACUGCAGCGCCAGCAGCCCGACGCAGUGCGCCCCGUGCCCGGCUCAGUACUACGCCGACGAGUGGAACAGCAACGAGGAGUGCCAGUACUGCAGCACCGUGUGCAAGGAGCUGCAGCUCGUCAGGCAGGAGUGCUCCAGCACGCAGAACCGCGUCUGCGAGUGCGUCCCGGGCAGGUACCUGGAGCUCGAGUUCUGCUUGAGGCACACGGAGUGUCCGCCCGGCUCCGGGGUUGCCCAGGCAGGUACCCCUGAGAGUGACACUGUAUGUGAGAGAUGUCCAGAGGGAUUUUUCUCGAAUGAAACCUCCUCCAAAGCAGCCUGUCUUAAACACACAAACUGUAGUGCCCUGGGUUUCAAAAUAGCUUUGAAAGGAAAUGAGGUUCGUGACAACAUCUGUCAGGAAAAUACAGAUACGACACCUCAAAAAUGUGGAAUAGAUGUAACCCUGUGUGAGGAGGCUAUGUUCAGGUUUGCUGUUCCUACUCAUGUCACACCUAACUGGCUGAACAUACUAGCAGACAGCUUGCCUGGGACAAAGGUUAGCACAGAAAAUAUUGAAAGGAUUAAACAAAGGCACAGCCCUCAAGAGCAGACCUUCCAUCUUUUGAAACUGUGGAAGCAGCAAAACAAAGAACAGGAUAUGGUCAAGAAGAUUAUCCAAGAUAUCGGUCAUUGUGAAAACAGUGUCUUAAAGCACGUUGGCCACCUGAACCUCACCUUUGAACAUCUCAACACGCUGAUGGCAAGCCUCCCAGGCAAGAAAGUGGGAAAAGAAGAUGUUGAGCGCACAAUGAAACUAUGUCAAUCCACAGAGCAAGUUCUGAAGCUUCUCAAUCUGUGGAGAAUAAAGAAUGGUGACCAAGACACCAUUAAAGGUUUAAUGUAUGGACUGAAGCACUUAAAAAUGUACCACUUUCCAAAACGAACCAUCCAAAGCCUGAAGAAGGUGAUAAAGUUUCUUCACAGAUUUACAAUGUAUAGAUUAUACCAGAAACUCUUUUUAGAAAUGGUAGGGAACCAACUUAAAUCUGUGAAAGUAAGAUGUGUCUAAUUCAAGAUACGUUUCUAUCUCCACUGACUAUUCUUCCCUAAUUACUGCCAGCAGUAAUUAAACUGGAACGUUAUUUCCCUACAUUUUGAUUUACUAUUUAUAGAAAUGCCUGACUGGAAUAGUUCUAAGUCUCCUGCAGUGGUUUUGAAGGGGGUUUUUUUGCUGUUUUUUUUUUUUUUUUCUUUAAUAAAAAUCACUUUUGUAAAAGCUAUUAACUCGAUGGUAACGCUAAGGGCCUGAUUCUGCAAUUUUGCACAUUCAGAGCUGAAAAGUCCCACUAUAGUCACUAGAUGAGAAAGGAAUGCCAGACCAGGCUCUACUCCAGUAUUUGCUAUUUAUAUUCUUCAAGGAAUAAACAUUUUUGUUGUACAUAUUUAUUAAGUUAAAUGGAUAUGAGACUGAAUUUUAGGAAGAGAAUUGGAAAGCACACUGUAUAUUUUCUAGCUAAACAAAUAUGAUUCCAUAUAUUUUUCUGGCAAAAUUUUGUAGCAUGCUCUAAGAAUUAUUAAUUUCUUUACAUUUUGUAUUUAAAAAAUGUAUUAUUGCUUAGUAUUAUUUGUAUAAGUUGUGGUAUCUUUUGGUAAGGAUGUUUUAAUUUAUCCAAUGAUUUUAACUCAAUUACAGUGAAAAUAUAGCUCAAGUGACCUGAAUAUUUAAAUAUUCUGUGAGGAAGUGAAUGUACCAUAUUUAAGAAGCUGGAUUUUUAUAUAGAAUUUCAUAAUCUUAUUUUAUAAAGCAAUUAAAUUUUUCAGUUUAGUUUUUGACUGGUGUUUUACUCUUGAUUCUAAAGUAGGAACUAAUUACAAAGACAGACUAUGUGGAUUUUGCACUUUAUCUUGGGCUGGGGUCUCUGCUACUCCCUGUCUGGUCUAGUAGUUAAUAUGUGAACCAAGUAAAUAUUGAUCAUGGAAUUUCAUGGUCACUGCAAAGGUGUAGAAGAAGCUACAAAAGUCCUUCUGGUUCCAUUCUAAAAGGCCCAGGUGGUUGUGAUAUGACCAAUUACAGCUCCAUAGACACAUUUGGCCCAGCACAGCUCUUGGCCCAGUGACGUUCUUGGAGAGCUCACAAACUCUGCCCUAACCACAGUAAUUUCAUGGAGGAAAGAUGAUGCAUGGGCCUGACAGGCUUGGAAAGCCUCACAUAUUGCCACUGUGUUUAAAGGAAGGGAGCACUGAGAGGUCACAUAAAAAAUAGUCAUUCACCAUUUCUCUCAGCUACAGAAUGAGACACCUACAAAGCCCUAAGCCCAUAAAAGCAGAACAGAGACUGGAUGAGUGUCAUUAUCAAAAGCUCUCAAUUUUAAGGACCAGUGGUCGUUCACAAUGCAAGCCAAAGGCUUUGGUGGCUUCAGAGAAAGACUGUACUCAUGGGGUUUUUUUCUUUAAACCAUGUGAACAGAGCUUGAAUAUUCAACAUAUUCUUUACCAUUGUGUAAGGAAAGGAAAUCCAUAAGCAUUUAGCCUUGUAUGACAAAUAUUCUUCUAUUAGAGAUGAGAGCAUCUUAACCAAAGAAUGAGAAAGAGAUUUCUGCUUGAUACGAUAGGUGUUCAUCAGAAUUGCUCUCUGUAUAGCAAAUAAAAAUGAGACAUACUGAUUUAAAAUACUUGGGACUCAUUUUUCACUGAAUUCUCACAUCACUUUUUUAUCAAAAGGAAUAAACUCCCUUUUAAAUUUCA